AAGACCUUGAAGUACACAAGAUAAAGGGAAACCUUUUUUCUUAUGCACUGUCCUUCUUUCUCUCGUCUUUUUAUCCGCUCUGUUUCCCUUGUUUCUCAUCACAUGAACUCUGAAAAAGCUUCCUCCCUUGAGCAUUACCUUGGCCAUUUUCUGGGGAUUAUUUAACCAGAACAAAGCUCACGAAAUCCCCGUCAUAUAAAAUGAACAGCUAGAAAAACAAGCCUGAUUUUAAUUUUGUUGGAACUUGGAUUAGGACAUUCCAAUGUCUCGAUUGAUAAUAACUGGUGUGCUCUUGACAAAGAAGAGGAACACAAUGCAAAUCUUCCCCGAAAAAGCGAGAGAGCUGUGGAAUGAAUGCGAGCUCCGAGCUUUAGUCCUAACAAGCCUUGUCCUGCAACUCAUCCUAAUCCUGAUCGGAAACCGGCGAAAACACUCUGCCAGUAAUAAAAUCAGAGUCCUCCUAUGGCUGGCAUACUUGUCGGCGGACUCUGUCGCGACGGUUUCUCUCGGCGUACUCUCCAACAACCAAGAAGACAGUUCCAAAGAGACCAACGCCACAGACCCAAACUACGUGAUCGCGGCCUUUUGGGCCCCAUUUCUUCUCCUACACCUAGGCGGACCAGACACCAUCACUGCCUACUCGUUGGAAGACAACGAGCUGUGGCUGCGGCACUUCCUUGGCCUAAUUGUCCAAGUUGGAGUGGCUUUCUAUGUCUUCCUCAGGGCUUGGAACUCCGGUACGAUGAGUCUUUUGUCGAUUCCGAUAUUUGUAGCCGGGAUUGUCAAGUUCGGAGAGAGGACUUGGGUUUUAAGGUCGGCGAGCAGUGAGCAUUUCAGAGAGUCCAUGCUUCCUAGUCCUGACCCUGGUCCCAAUUACGCUAGAUACAUGGAGGAAUAUUGUGCCAAAAAAGAAGAGGGUUUUCAUGUUAAGUCCACCAUCAUUGACGCCGGUAGAGCAGGGGAUCAGGAACAUCCCGGCACAGCUAACACUACGGCGAUUAGUGUCGAUUCGACUGCAGAAAUAGUACGAAAAGCUCAUAGAUUCUUCUUGGUUUUUAGGCGCCUAUGUGCUGAUCUUAUCCUCAGUUAUCAUGACAUAACCGGAAGCCGAGCAUUCUUCCGAAAGAUAUCCUUUGAUAGCGCUUUCAAGGUGAUUGAAUUCGAGCUCGGAUUAAUGUACGACGCGUUUUACACGAAGGCAGUGUUGAUCAACUCCAGAGUCGGUAUAAUUCUUCGUUGCAUUAGCUUUUUUUCGACCGUUUCAGUGCUCAUUACGUUCUUUUUCGCAAACAAGGAAGCAUAUUUGCGUGUCGAUGUGGUUAUCUCUUAUAUCUUGCUGGUUGGAGCAAUAGUGCUGGAGAUUUGCGCUGUAAUUGUAAUGCUCGCUUCGGACUGGACAGUGCUACGAUUGAGCAGGCAUAAGAGUGUUAAUUCGAUGGUGAAUCGAAUUUUUCCGGUGAGUGUUCGAGGCCGGGAUAAAAACAAGAGAAGAUGGUCUAAUAAGAUGGCGCAGUAUAACUUGAUAAGUAUUUGUCUUGAAAAUAAACCGCCCAAGUGUAUUAAUCUCCAGAAGGUUUUCUUUGUUGACAAAUUGUUAGAGAAGUACCGGCACAUGUACGUGAGAGAUGUCCCUACUCAUUUGAAGGAACUGAUCUUCGAGCAGCUAAAAGAUAAAUCUAGUGGCGAUUUCGAGAACUGCAAGGAAUUGUGCCGUAGGAGAGGCGACCACGUGCUCAGAACAGAAAAUUUGCUAAAUAAUGUCGUUUUGGGCAGGACUACAGAGUUGGAAUUCGAUCAGAGCAUUCUUCUAUGGCACAUUGCAACAGAUUUAUGUUAUUACUCCGGUGACGAUCAUUCCAACACCGGCCACAUCAGGGGUGGGGCAACGUACAACCGAGGCAUUGAUGAUCAUCGCAAAGCGAGCAAGUUGUUAUCGGACUACAUGUUGUAUCUUGUGGUGGUGUGUCCUUUCAUGUUGCCAAACGGGAUUGGACAAAUAAGGUUCCAAGACACAUGUGCUGAGGCUGCUGAGUUUUUCAAGGAGAGAGUAGUCCACGUCAAGAACAAGAAGGAUUUUGACAAAGAAGCUCGUCGUAUGUUAAUGGAGGUGAGCACAGAAGUGCCACCGUUGGAAGUAAAAGGCGACAGAAGCAAGUCCGUGCUGUUUGAGGCGUGCAUUGUGGCUAAAGCUGUGGAGGAGUCAAUGGGAGUAGAGCAACGGUGGAAGGUGUUGUGUCGUUUGUGGGUCGAAAUCUUGUCGUACGCCGCCAACCGGUGUGGAUGGAGUCACCAUGCUCAACAACUUAGGCGAGGGGGAGAGUUGCUUACUCAUGUUUGGCUUCUCAUGGCACAUCUUGGUAUAACAGAACAGUUUCAAAUCUCAAGGGGUCAUGCAAGGGCCAAGUUAAUUGUACAAUGAACCAAGUUGUUUGUUCGGAACCUUUCUUUAGCACAAAAAUAUUCCUAUUGCUGUUUUAAACCAUGGUAUUCUCAUCAAAUAGUAUUGUU